AUGAAGUCCGCUGUCGUCCUCACCACCCUCCUCGCCUUGGCCGUCGCCAACCCCGUUGCCAUUGCCAACGUUGACAACACCAACGCCGUCGCCAAGCGCAACGUCGAGAUCGAGGCUCGCCAGCUCGGUGCCAUCGGCCUCCCGACCCUUCCCGGCUUGGGUGCCUUGACCAACCUUGGCCUCCCCGGCCUCCCUAACCUUCCCAUCACCCCGGGCAACAUUGUUCAAGUCCUCACCAGCCUCCUGGCGGGUGUGCUCAGCGUUGUUGGCAACAUCCGCCAGGGUGUUCCCGGUGUCGGCGCCAUCCCCGGCCUUCCUGCCAUCCCCACCAUCCCCGGCGUCUCCCCUCCCGCCAUCCCCACCGGUGCUGUCAGCGCUGAGCAGCUCACGGCCUUGAUCGGUGCCCUUCAGGCCCAGGUCGCCAACGUCACCUCCAUCGGCACCAACCUCCCCGGCGGUCUCAGCCUGGCCCAGCUCCAGCAGAUCCAGACCAUCGUCGCCACCAUCCAGGCCCAGAUCGCCCCUCUCAUCGGUGGCUCCGGUCUUCCUUCCCUUCCCGGCCUUCCCACUGGCGGUCUCCCCAACCUCGGCGGUCUGACCUCCGGCCUCGGCGCUCUCUCCGGCGUCCUCAGCCUCGUCACUGGCCUUCUCGGACCCCUCCUCGGUGGCCUUCUCGGUGGCCUCGGUGGCGGUCUCCUCGGCGGCGGCCGUGUUUAA